AUGUACUUCUCAUCACUUCUCGUUGUCCUCGCGGCCACCGCGUCAGCCAUCGACAUUAGGGCCCACGUUGGCGACAACUGCGCCGGAGGUUCAGUCGCUUGUACCAACAUCAAUCCAAACGUGUGCUGCUCUUUCAGUAGCUCUGCAAGCAGCGGCAGAUCGAGCAUUGCUGUGGUUGCCAUUCCAAGCAACUGGCGCAUUCGCACUGAGGCAUACACGGGCGGUGGAUGCUCAUUCUUUGGGGGUCAGCGCGAUUCGGGCGGUAGCACAAGCGUCUGUCUGCCUUACACGACGCGCGGCGACCGCACGGGGGGGCAAUACUGGUUUCUCAACCGCAAGCGGGCUGUCGACGAGUCUUGCCCCACCGAGCAGCCCGGUGCCGGUAAAUGCGAGGCUGUCGUCAAACCUGAUACCCUCGGCCUCGCAGACGGCACUGAGUAUGACAUUGUAGGCUUGACGGAUGAGAAACUUCAGGAGCUGGAAAAUAUUGCCAACACUGGUGCUGAUGCCGACGCCGUACCUGCCGAGUUUCAGUCUCUACGUAAAACGGAGUCUUGA